AGCGGAAGUGGUGGGCUGUGUGCUGGAUUCCGGGGUCCGUGCUGAAUCCCAUGGCGGCGGAGCGAGAUUCGGACUCCCCCGAGCCUCCCGGUUCUGAGGCGCUCCUGGACGCCGUGCUGCGGACCCUCUACGACCUGGGAGAGACAGAAGGUGAAACAGAGCAGAAAAGGAUCAGAAAGAGGAGAGAGAAGAAGAGAAACUCGGAGGCGAUAGCAGAUGUGUCAGCAGAGCAGCUUCCCCUGCCUGGAUCUCCUGUGCGAGGCCAGAGGAAGAGUGCUUCCAGCUUUUUCAAGGAGCUCAGAGAAGAGCUUCAGUCUGCUCCCGCUGCCCCUUCAGAAGUCCCUGCCACCACGGCAGUCUCCCUCUCUCCCCUAAAGAACAACAGCAAGCUAGUGGAAGUGGUAGAGUUUCAAAGCAAAAGUAAAAAAAGAAAACCAAAGUCAGAUGAAGAUGAGCCGGCAAAGAAUAAAACAAAGGUCCUUGAGAAAGAUGUGGGUAUUCAAGAGUUUAACCUAGAAAAGGCUCGGCUGGAAGUGCACCGCUUUGGGAUCACAGGCUAUGGCAAAGGAAAGGAAAGAGUCCUGGAACGGGAGCGGGCUGUCAUGCUGGGCGCUAAGCCUCCCAAAAAUACUUACGUGAACUACAAGGUUUUGCAGAAACAAAUCAAAGAGAAGAAGACCGCAGCAGAAGAAGAAGAGAGAACGGCACGGGAGACAGACAUUUUCAGGAGAAAGAAGAGGAAAGGGAGAGCACAGGAGGACAGGAGAUCCAAGAAGUCGGCUCCCAGCAUUUUGUCAAGUGGACGGGCUGGACAAGUUGGAAAAUUCAGAAAUGGGACACUGAUUCUAAGCCCCACUGAUAUCAAGAAAAUCAACUCUUCCAGGGUAGCUAAAUGAAGUCUCUGUCAGCUCCAGAGAGAAGCAGGAACAGUGGCAGCGUGGGACACAGGACCCCUAACCCUGUGGCUACCCUUUCUUAUUCCACAGGGUCUUUCUCAUUUGAGCAGUGAGUCUGUGGGCAGGCAGCAACCCUGCUGAGGGCUGGGCUCCCCUCCCUCAUGCUACACAGGUGAAUGCAUACACAUACCUGUGCAUACAGCCGGCAGCAACCCUGCUGAGGGCUGGGCUGUUCCCCGGACUUCCCUCCUAUUGCAGGUUGCUGGUUGCUGGUGUCGGCACACUGGUCACACUCCACUUUUUUAUAAUUUUACUGACUCUUAGUGUCUGUGAAUUAUGCUGAAGUGUCUUUUGGCUCAUGAAGACACGAAGCACACUUGUUAUCCAUUGGUUCUGUGGCAAAGCAAUCUGUUGUCAGCCUGCCACAUUGUAAAUCCACUUUGUAAGAAUUUCUAAAAAUGCACCUCUGUAGUGUGAAUGACUGGCUGUUAAGUAACACACAGGCAGUUCUAACUGGUUCUUCACACCUACUUGGAGCUGUAAUCUAACAAGGCCAUUUUAUAGUGACGUUACCACUGCCUGGAUGUCAGCAUCUUCUCAGAUGCAUCUCCUGAGGUGCAUUAAAGGAAAGUGUCCAGUGACAGGGACAAUUCUGGCAUUCCUCACCCUGGGAGUUCCUUGUCUGGCAAGCAAUGCAGCACAGGCCUGAAAACUGUCAAGCUGUGAUGGCUGUUAGGACAUUGUCAGGACACUGAGAGCAUCAAAUACCUCACCAGAUGGAAUCCAAUGUGCUGGGUAAUUUUAAAUGAUUUUUUUCUUUCUUUUCUUUUUUUUUUUUUUUUUUUAAAGAUUUAUUUAUUUUUUAUUUCUAUGAGUGCACUGCAGUGUAAGCCGCCGAUCUGACGGCUGACUAAAACAGCGCCAGAGAUCUGACGGUGACUGAACACUGAACACUUUGGAAUUUGGCUCCAGCCCCUCCCAAACGGGGCAUGCAAGUGAGGUACCACUAGGGUACCACGAACCUGACCAAUCACCCCCUCCUGGGCGGGGUAUGCUGAUGUGUAUGCUAAUGAAGCACUGCAAAUGGACCAAUUGUGCACCUCCAUGUGCUUAUCUCCCCCCAGGGCUGGGGGUAUAUAAGCAGCCCGUUCUGGGCAUUCGAGGUCUCUCCCAGAAAUCUAAAAGAGUGCUUCUACAAUAAAGGCUGUUGAGAAGGAU